AUGAUGCAAUCAGAGCUAUUUCUUCCCACCUUCCCCACCUCUCAUGAUGAUCAAGAUAUGAUCAUAGAUGGAGUGUUCUUCUCUCCAUCAUUCGCCUCAUCCGAAGAUUCCCCUAUGGUUUCUUCUGACUCAUUCUUCCUAGAUACUUUUCCCAACGACCUUUUCGGUCAUGAGGAAAGUCUUGUGAAGAUCUUAAGAAGCGACAUUGAUGACAUCUGUGACUGGAUUCAUUCCAGUGAAGACAUGACUUCUCCGUCUGCAGCCUUUGCCGCGGACGUAUGGAGUCCUGCCCCUUCCUUAGAGUCAUGCCAGAACGAACAUAUCCUCCCGGUCCCGGGGGUGCCUCUAAACAUGCCAAUGGAGGAUACAAAGCUAGAAAACGAAUUGAGGCUAACUCAUCUCAUCAAAGCUUUUGGAGAAGCCAUGCAUGAUGGAAACAAUGGAUCACUAGCUCAAGUGAUAAUUGAGUCCAUAAAUGAGAAGAGCAGCCCUCAGGGGACUUUUGUCGAACGGAUGGCGUACAACAUGUUCGAAUCCAAAUACGACGAAUAUUUAAGACAAGAAUCAAUCAAAAACUUUGCAACGGCGUUCAAUGUGUUGUACCAAACCCUUAUCAGCGCGAGGUUCGCUCACAACGCGGCCAACGCGGUUAUUCUCGAAUCUAUACCCGUUGGCGCGGAGACGCUACACAUCGUUGAUUUUGACAUUGGGGAAGGGAUCCAGUGGCCUGCAUUGAUCGAGGCCCUGAGCCGUUGCCGGAAGCCGGUGAGGCUCACGGCCAUAAAGCAUGAAGGCGAAGACGAGACGUCAUCGCCUUCAUGCUGGGAUUUUGAAGAGACUAAGAAACGGUUGAUUGAUCAGGCGAGGUAUGUUGGCAUAGAGCUGCAGAUUGAGGAAAAAUGCAUUCGAGAUUUCAGGGAUGAGAUGAAGGGAAGGAAGGACGGCGGCGGUAGAGAUUGGCUAGUGUUCAAUUGCAUGGCGGCGUUGCCGCAUAUGUUGCGGAGGAGCGGCGUGGUGGAGUUCUUGAAGGCGGCGGAGGAGGAGUUGGCGAAAUUUGAUGGAAUUGUGACCGUUGGAGAUGGGGAGGCAGGGGUAAAAUUGGGAAAUCAAGUAAGUUUUGAGUGUUAUUAUGGGAAACUUGUUGAGCACUAUGAGGCUCUAUUCGAGGCGUUGGAGUGUAAAUUGCGUUAUUUGGGAGAGGGGAGAGCGGCGGUGGAGUGUCUGUUUUUGGCGCCUUUUAUGUGCCCGUUUGCGUGGUUUGAUGAGUGGAAGGAGAAGGCCAAAGGUCUCGAGUUCGAGUGUGGUUUGGAGGGGCGGAAGGCGAGCGGGGAGAGCUUGGGCGAAGCUCGGGUGAUGGUGGGGGAGAGAGAGAGUUGGUAUAGUGUGAGGAUUGAGGGUUUGAGGGGGAAUGAGAUGGUGUUGAGAUGGAAGGAGACUGUGCUUGUGAGAGUAUCGACGUUUUGUAGUAGGAGGUGA